AAGAAAUGUUACAAUCUGCAACAGAUUCAGCCGUGUUUUYCUUUUGCUCCUGGAAGUUUCAAUCUUGUGUUGAUGACUUGGUAACAAAAUGCCCUUGAGAAACUGUACAAUAAACUCCACAAGCGAUGAGACGAUUGUGGGGAAUCAAACCAGCACAACCCUGGGCGCCCUCAUCCUCACCGUUGUCUUCCUCCUGGGAUUUCCUGGAAACCUCUUUGUCAUUUGGAGCAUCCUGGCACGAGCCCGAAAGCAAUCUGUUACUACCUUACUUAUCCUCAACCUAGCCAUUGCUGAUGGCUCUCUGAUGGCUCUCACCCCGUUCUUCAUCGUCUACCUUGUUCUGAAGAACUGGGUGAUUGGGAAUGUGAUGUGUAAGAUCCUCUUCUACCUCUGUUUGGCCAACAUGUAUGCCUCCAUCCACCUCAUCAUGCUGAUGAGCAUCUAUAGAAUGAUAUCGGUGAUAUGGCCACGACGAAUCAGUGUGGUCACGGGCAAGAGGACCCUUAUGCGUGUCCUGGGAGUGGUGUGGGGACUUGUGAUGAUCGUCUCUAUUCCUGCGCUUAUCUUCCGAGAAGUAACGUGUAAAAAGACAUCCCAAGGCUUGGCGUGUGAUCCACACCAUGAAAAAAACCGAGACGUGGUUCUGCAGUACACACUGGAGCUUGUUUUAGGAUUUCUGUUGCCGUAUGGGGUCAUCGUUGUCUGCUAUAUUUGCAUUUUGCGACGAAUUCGCCAGACCAAAUUCAACCGUCAUAUUCACAGUGAAAAGCUCAUUCUUGCCAUUGUGGUGACUUUCUGCCUAUUCUGGUUGCCCUACCAUGCCCUCAAUGUGGUUCAAGUUACAUGGGCUUUAUGUCCAGAGGGCACAGUAAAAGAGACGUUGGGUAAAAUAUGGCGCAGAGGUCGAGCUGUUACAUCCGCCGUUGCCUUCAUCAGCAGCUGUGCCAACCCCGUGCUCUACUUCUUUGCAGGAAAGUCCUACAUUAGAAGAGAGGGGCUGGCAUUCAUGGCUCGUUUGUUUGAGGGCACUGCUUUCGACUCCUCCAGGAAGAGCCGACAAAACAGCCAGAACAGCCGCGAUAAAGACAAAGACGCAGAUGUUGUUCAGCUCAAUGAGAAAGAUCUAGAAGAUAUGGACUCAGUCACAAAUUCGAGCAGUAACAUCAAACAAAUGAUAAACGGCAAAUAGAGAAGUCAGGAGGAUCAUUUGGAUGGAUCAUUUGGUAGAUCAGGUCCUUUAAUCUCUUUUCAUUCAGUCCAAAAACUACUUACGGACAACAACCAGUCCAACUCAGCUACAGCUAUAGACUUUGCAAAGCCAUGAAACUUGAUACUUACCCUGGAAAUGCUUGCAUAUUUGACCCUAUUAAUAUUUCUUCUCCAUGAAAGUACAGACUGUGAGUAUCUGCUCUGAACAGUGUUUCAGGAAACCACUGCAAAGAAUUCCUGACAAUCACUUGCUAUCACUCAAAGAUGGCUUUUUAUGCAAAAUGUAUCCCAAAUAAAUGGAGGACGUGCAACCCUUGUUGAAUGUAUGUUUACUAAAUGAUUAUUUUUAAUAUUAAUCUGCAACAAUUGUCAAAAGUAUUUUGUGUGGAAURCCAGGAAAGACCAUCUUUGGUUCAAUACUUUAACUGACUGCCUAAUUAUUUACACUCACUGGUCACUUUAUUAGGUUCACCUUGCGAGUAUCAGACUGGACCACCUCUGCCUUUAUAUUCGCCUAAACUCUUUGUGGCAUAGCUUCAACAAGACAUUUUUAGAGAUUGUAAUCCAUGUUUGCAUCUCACAGCUACAGAUUUGUCAGCUGCACUUAUGUCAUGUGAAUCUCCUGUUCCACUGCAUUCCACAAGUGCCUGAUCGGAUUCCUAUCUGGUGACUGUGGAGGACCUUGGAAUCCAGACCCAUCUGACAAGGCGAUAUUAUUCCAAUGUCUUAUUUUCCACUUUUGGCAACUUUUUGUGAGCUGUAGCCUGUUUCCUGUUCUGACAGGAGUGGCACCCACUGUGCUCUUCUGAUGCUGUGUAGCACAUCCUCUUUAAGGUUGGAUGUAUUGUGGUAUCAGAGUUGGUACUCUGCAAGCCUAACACACAUUUCGCUUCCUGAACAUUUUCUCAUUUUUGGACCAUUUUCUUUAAACCAUAGAGAUGGUUGGGAGUUAAGAUCCCAGUAGAUCAGCAGUUCACGAAAGACCAGCCCAUCUGGUGCCCAAAAACCACACCACAUUCAAAGAUCUUUGAAUGCGUUUUCUUCCCCGUUCUGAAUGCCUGGUCAUCUUCACCACAUCUGCAUUCUUAGGCACUGAAUUGCUGCCAUGAAAUUGGCUGAUUAACUAUUUGUGUUAUCAUGCAACUGAACAAGUGUACCUAAUAAAGUGGCUGGUGAUUGUCUAAAAACUGUCAUGRUUUUCAAAUACAUGCAGAUUUUUUWAAUUAUUUGAUCUUUUUCAAAGACUGUUUUUAUACAGUUAUUUUAUGCUUUUGAUGGUUUUGUAAAAUAAGUACAACUUAAAKUGUUCACAACAUUGUCUUAAUUUGUAUAGAAUUGUCUGAAUAUAAAAUAUUGUUUUUAAUGACCUUGAGCAUGUAGUUUACAUUAAAAAUACAGCUUUGUUAUUUUACAUUUCCAUGUUACACUAACAUGCUCACAAAUGAGAAAUUGUUUUUAUGGCCCUUUGUUUUUUCUUUUCAGUUAAAAGGAAAUGAUAAGACGUUUAGUUUAUCUUGAAGUUUUGCAGUUUACUUCAGUAAUUGUCACUGUGAUAAACACAAUGGACCACUGCCUGAUGGAUGUGUUUUUUAGUAACUUUUCUUAGUAAAACAUUUUUCGUACUUCAGGUCAGCCAURAAAUCAGAUUUACUAUCUCACCACUGGACUCCAAGAAUGUUCAGAUUUGUUUUAAGCUUUUAUUGUUUGUGCGAGUUUUGGUUUUACACAUAGAAAAUAUUAAAUUUAAUUUUUCUCAUGCUUAUCAGGUAAAACACUGAGCCAGAAUUUGCUUCAUAUUGGAUAAAGUGAAAAUAAACCACUAUACAUUUUUUUGCAUAGAAAUGGAAAUCUUUGGGCUUUCUUUGGGAACAAUUUGUCCAAUGGAACAUACGAAUGGUCAUAUGAAGUAUAGAGCUUACAAGAUAUUAUUUGAUUUUCAUUUUCUACUGAAAAUUCAUGCCGUGUGAUUUAGAGAUAUUGGUAGAGAUUGGAGGAAUGGUUCUUUGAAGGGAUCCGGAUCUUGACGAGCCAUAUGUUUCACAAAGCUAUUCAAAAGAGCCGUUCAAUUUUGAAUGAGUUAUGUUGCGUCAAAUUCAAGGACUUCUCUGCCUGUUGGCAGUGUAGGCUUAGGCUUUUAACUUGUUGCUGAAAGUGUGGGUUGCCUCAACUUUCAGGUUUUAUUUCACACUGUACUGAAUCUGAAGCAGUCUGAACCCUAGUYUGACCUUUUUAUACUAAUAACCAUUUGUAGUUGGCACCUUGCGCUUUUAAUGGUGUUUCUUGAGUUUUUUCGAAACGAUUUUAGGCCUUGUCUACUCAGAAACUCAGUUUUUCCAAAAUUUGUUGUUUCUAAAACUUGCCUCACAAACAUUCCAACAUUUGUACAAAGGUCUUCUUCAACACAAAAACAGCAAAAAAAUUCCUAAACACCGUGGAGUCCAUGCCUGGCUUAUGUCAUGUUGUAAUGCUUCUACAAAAGUAUACUGAAAACAGGAAACAAUGUUCUUUUCCUCUUGGUUACCUGUCUAGUUCUUYUUUGUAAUGAGUGAAGUGUUGUAUAUGUUAUUUUUCACCAGUCACAGUACAGAAGUACAAUAAAUAAAAGUUUUGCUGCAGUA